AUGAAGAACUGUUCAUUGUUCACCUUCAAUGUCAAGCUGGAUGUAUGUGUAUAUGCCAAUGGAACAUCCCAUGGCUGCGACAUUUCCAAAUCUGAAGUAAUCAUUGAAUUCAAAUGGACUGAUGGCCAUGAUGCAUUCAGCAAAAAUCCUGCAGUCAACAAACCUAUUGUAUCUCAGACUGAUAAUGGCUUCAACACAUUAGGUCAAAUAACAAGCUACACUGUCACUCAACUCGGCGCUCAAUAUCGUACCCAUGCAUUCUCUGUCUUCAUCAUUCAUAAUCGUGCUCACAUCAUCAGAUGGGACAGGGAGGGAGCUAUCAUCAUGAACUCCUUCGACUACUGUCAUGAGCCACACUUGGCUGAUUUCUUCCAUUGUUUCACAUGA